CAAACAUACUCGCGGACGGGGCGGCUGCGUCGUUUUUGCCAGCAUGAUGUCGUCUUAACACGGAGUUUUGUUGUCCCAAACAUCCGCCGGCAAGGAUGUUAAACUGCUUGACAUAUUGCGCGUUUGUGUACUGGGCCGUGGCGACGGUUCACACCAUCCUGCCCAUCGAUGUGGCGGUAUGUGGAGCCGACCCCGAGCGGGGCGGGCUGGGUGCCCUGCUGCACCAUACCUUCGGCGGCGAGGUGGACAUUGACGCGGACACCUGGCGCGGCUACCCCUGCCACUCGCACCUGGUGGCCAAGGUGCUCUUCAUACUGCAGCGCCCCGUGGCCACCGUGACCCACAUCAUGACGGGGGGAGGACAGGGCGAGCCGUUCGUUCCCAUCCUGUUCGUGGUGCCCAUCAUCUUCAUGCUGACGGUGCUGCUGCGCGAGGGCCUGGGGCUGCGCAUCAUCUCGCCCACAGCCAGCCGCACGCUGCUCAAGUUCGGCAUCGCGGUGGGGUGCCGCACCAUGAUCCUGCUCAAGUCGCUGCUGCUGGGCAAGAGCUCGCUGUACUACAAGCGCUACAGCAAGGUGGAGUUCUUCAUCAUCGCCUGGACCGCCUACAUCAUAGAGAUACCCGUGCCGCACGAGGCGGCGGUGUCGGGCGGCACCGCGGUCAUCAUUGCCGCCAUGGCCGCACUGUUCCCGCACCACUUCCUGCCCGAGGUCAACCCCAUCAACGUGGCGCUGCAGGCCAUCGCCGCCACGGUGUUUGCGCUGGUGAACGCCUCCCACCAGCAGCGCCGCCGCGUCGCAGAGCGCAACGCACUGGCGGCGCGUAACGCAGCCGCAGCCGCAGCCGCAGCCGCAGCCGCAGCCGCAGCCGCAGCCGCCGGCGGCAGCGGCGGGGCCGGCGGCGCGGGCGAGGACGAUGACGGUGACCUGGGCAAGGCGCGCAACAAGGCCGCCGCAGCCGCAGCUGCGGCAGCUUCCGAGGCCGAAGCUGCGAGUGCCACCACCACCGCCACUGCCACUGCCGCUGGUGCCGCGGUCGCCGCCAUCCGCGCCGCCGGCGCGGCACCUGCCACCACCACCGCCACCACCGCCUCCUCAACCACCCCCGCCUCCGGUCCCGCUGCUGCGGACGGCCCGCUCGUGGGCAGCCUGGCGGCGGUGCGGCGCAUCACCGCGCUGGCGGGCCGCUGCUACGUGUCGCCCGCCCGGGCCUGCCGCUUCAGCCUGAAGCUGAGCUGGGCGCACCUGGCCGACCUGCCGCCCGACCUGCUGGCGCGCAUCAACACCCACAUACUGGCGUCCAGCGGCUGGCAGGCCGUGAGCGCCUGUGCUCGCGAGGGCUGUGUGGAGCUGGUGCUGGACCUGCGCCCGCGGCAGCCGCGCCGCCUGCCCUACGGAGCACAGCCGGGCACCUCAGUCGCCGCCGCGCUGGCCGCCGCCGCCGCCGCCGCGGGCGAGGCCGCCGACGACGCCGCCGCCCUGGCCGACCAGGACGCCCGCAUCCGCAUUCGCGGCGCCGCCGGCUCGGAGGGCGGCGCGCUGGCGACGGCGCUGGCGGCAGCCCUGGGGGCGGCGGCGGCGGCGGCGGGUGGCGGCUCGGGCGCUGGCGGCGCGCUGUCUCUUGAGGAGCUGGCGGUGGUGGUGGCGGAACAGCUGCAGCGGGCGGGGCUGCUGCGGCCCGACUGCGAGCCGUCCGUGGUGCUGCAGUUGGGCGAGGGCGCCUGCGUGCUGACGUGGAGCGCCGAGGACGGCACCUGGCGCUACCAGGCCGCUGGACCCGCCGCCGCCGCCGCCGCCGAGGAGGCCGACGGCGAGGGCGAGCCGCUGCCGCUGCCGGCGCUGGCGCUGGCGCCCCACCAGCAGCCCGUCAUCGAGUGGCUCAGCCCGCGCGCCGCCUGCCGCCACGCAGCCGCUGAGGCCGCAGGUGUGCCCGGCCUGCGGCUGACGGUGGCGGUGCGCGGCGGCGGCCUGGGCCCGGCUGAGCUGCUGGGGGGCUCGGGGGUGCUGGUGCGGGGGCCGGGCGGGCGGCUGCUGCCGUACACCGCCCUGUCCGUGUCGCUGGUGGAGGAGGAGGCGGGCGAGGCGGGGGGCGGCGAUGAGUCGGACAAGGGCUCCUGGGGCGAGGACGAGGAGGAGGAGGAGGAGGAGGAGAUCGAGGCGGUGGGGAAAGAGGACGCGGAGAAGAACACGCAGCAGCAGCAGCAGCAGCAGCAGCGAGCUGGGGGUGCGCGGCCUCCUCCUCCGCCUCCUCCUGCUCCGCCUCCCCGGCCGCCGCUGUACCUACUGGAACUGGAGGUGCAGGCCGCCCCUGCCAGCGGCCUGCUGCAGCUGGAGGCCCGCGGCCUGGGUGCGGGGCGCCUGGGGGCCGCUGGUGCUGCUGGUGUAGGUGGUGCUGGUGCUGCUGGCGGUGCUGGUGGUGCUGGUGCUGGUGGUGGUGGUGGUGCCGGCGUGGUCCUGGCGGGUGCCCAGCUGCUGAGUGAGCCGCGUGCGGUGGUGCUGGACACGGACCCGCAGCUGGUGUCGGGCCUGCUGGCUCUGGCGGGCUGCAUGUCCGACCCCGCCAGUGGCGAGGCAGUGCUGGCAGACUACGGCGCAUGGCUGGACGCGGCGGCGGCGGCGGCGGCGGCUCGGCACCAGCAGGCGGGGCAGCAGGCGGGGCAGCGGCAUCAGGCGGAGGACAAGGAGGCAGCCGUCCCCGCGGCGGCCCCCGACACCGGCCGCGGCCCGCUGGCUCUGCCCACCGCACCGCCGGCGCUGUCGGUGGCUGCCGCCGCCUCCGGCAGCAAGGGCGGCGCGCCCGCCACCUCCUCCGGCGCCGCAGGCGGCCUCCCGGCGUCCGCCUCCUCCUCCGAUGCCACUGCCGCUGCUGCCACUGCUGCCGCGGCUGCCGCUGACGACGACGGCGCCUGUGACGUGGUGUCCCGCCGCACCACCGCCAUACCCGCGGCGGCGGCGGCGGCGCCCACUACCGCGGCGGGCGGCGGCGGCGGCGGCGGCGGCGGCUCCUGCAGGCUGCUGUCUGUGGGCUGUGCGCAGUGCGGCACCUGCCCUGUGCUGCCCGCCGCCCGCGACCAGAGCCUCUCCGGUGCUGCCGCCGGCUCCAGUGCGGGCGGCGGCAGUGGCGCCAUGGCCGCCAGCCACUCGUACAUGUGUGCCGCCUACGGCCCGCCCGCCGCCCCGCUGCUGGCCGCCGCCGCCGACCUGCUCACCGCCUGCUGCCAGCACGGCGGCGGCCCCGGCGGCGGCGCGGUGGCGGCGGUGGCGGACCGCCUCAUCGCCAUGGUGGUGGAGCUGGGAGCCGAGGGUGGUGCGGGGGGUGGUGCGGGGGGUGGCGCCGCGGGUGGUGGUGCGGGUGGUGGUGCGGCGGCGCUGCGGGGGCUGCUGGGCGCCGUGAGUGCGCCGCCCACACACGCCGGCGCGCUGCACGUGGCGGUGGCCUCGCAGUCGCGGGCGGUGGUACAGGUGCUGCUGCGCUGGCACCAGCGCCUGGCGGACAGCGGCGCUACUGCCGGUAGUAGCAGCACUGGCGGCAGUAGCAACCCCUGGCUGGCCCGGGCGGUGUGUGGCGUGACGCCGCUGCAUGUGGCGGCGGGGCUGCCGGACGGCGGCGAGCUGGCGGCCUGGCUGCUGGCCACCUACCCGGCGGCGGCGGCGGCCUGGCGCAGUGCGCUGAGCGACGACGGCCUGAGCCCGGCGGCGCUGGCGGGGCGCAUGGGCGCGCGCUGGCGGCUGAGGGUGUGGGCGGGCACGCCGCUGCACAGAGCCUACACCGCGCUGACGUCUGUGCGGGGCGGGGUGGGCCGCGCCAGCUCCGACGUGUCAGCCACCACCUCGCCCGCCGCCCACAGCAGCAGCCCCGGCGCCCCCAGAGGCAAGGCGCUCCAGCAGUACGCGCAGCAGCAGCUCCUGGCGCCGCAGCAGCAGCCGGCCAUGGGCUGCCGCCAACGCGGUGGCCUGCUGCCUCCGCUGGCGGGGGUGUGGGAGCUGGUGUGGGGGUUUGGUGAUGCGGACCUGGAGCGCCGCUUCGCCCAGGAGCUCAGCUGCCAGGCCCGCUCCAGCCCCACCCUGGAGCUCUACGUUGCGCUGCACUGCCUCCUGCCGCUGCUCAGCCUGGCCCGCUGCGGACUGGCCAUGGGACUGGGGCUGGGACUGGGCAUCGGCGCAGCCGCAACCGCGGCAGCCGUGGCCGCGGGCCGCAGCGCCGGGGGCGGCAGCCCCGCCAACGGCCCCGCCGGCGCCACCGCGGGCGGCGACGGUGGCGGCGGCGCCAGGUCUGCGGGUGCUCGUGGCGGCGGCGGCUGGUGGGGCCUGGACGGCGCACUGGCGGCUGUGUCGCUGUCGGCGCCGCACGUGGCUCCGCUGGUGGGCUGGUGGAUGGGACCCGACCACCACACCGGCAGCAGCAGCAUCAACGGCAACGCAGGAGCGCCCUCGUCCUCCGCCCCCCCGGCGCCCUGCUGCUCGCCCGCCUGCGCCCUGGCCGCGCAAGUGCGCCGCAAGCGCGGCAAUGCCGGCGGCGCAAACUACGAGUGCAGCUGCGUCACCGCCGCCUCCACCUCUCAGGCAAACACCACCCCCACCGGCCGUCGCCCCGGCGGCCUACGUCGUGCGCUGCUGGUGAUGCACCUGCUGCGGGCCGCGGCCAAGGCGGCGGUGGGGCUGCGCCUGCUGCACCUGCUCUCGGGCGCGGCGGCGGACGCGCAGGACGGCGGCGCGGCCGCGGCGGCGCUGGUGCUGCCCACUGCUGCGGCCGCCUUCCUGGCUGGCGGCGGCGACAUCGCGGUGGAGGCUGUGCUGCGGCCGCUGGUGGAGGGGCCGGCGCUGGGCCUGGGCGCGCGGCUGUUGCUGAGCGCCGCGGACGCGCCCGCCAUGCUGCUGCUGUACCGGGCCGCGCUGCCGCACGGGGCGGGGGCAGCGGGCGCGAGGGCGGGGCCGCUGGCGCGCCUGGCGCUGUACCAGGCUGUGCUGCUGCUCACCACCGCCACUGUGUGCGCCGUCAGCCGCGCCCGCUUCAAGCGGCGGCAGGCCGCCACCGAUGACAGCACGCGCGCCGCCGUGACUCCCCCCACCGCUGCCGCACCAGCGCGCGAGCCGCCGAUUCCGCCGAGGCCUUCGGUGGGACAGCCGCGGGCGCCGCCUGGCAGCGGCGGCGGUGGUGGUGGCUGGUCGUCCGGUGGCUCAAUCACCGCGGCUGCCAGUGGCGCUGACGGGGCGCAUGUGGACGGCGGCAGUGGCAGCGGCAGCAGCAGCAGCCGGCGCGGCCCCGGCGCUGACACGUGGCUGUGCGGGAGCCGCAAGGCGGUGACCUGCACGUCUGUGGGCCCGGUGUAGCGGCCGGCCAGCUUGCUAGGGGCUGCGUGCAAAGAGAGCGGUAGCGGCGAGGGCAUGGCUUGAAGCAGGCGGUGCAGCAUUGGUCCUGGUGUGGCGGUUGGGGCCCUUGGUGUGCUUGGUGUGGCUGUGUGGCCCAACUGAGAAGCCCGCCUGACACGGCACAUGAACUGCACAGAACUACACAGGCCUGUCGAGACAACCAGGCAGCCUAACGUGGCUACUUGCAGGGCGGAGUGCGGUGGCUUGAUAUCACGUACGAGUCAUCGAGUUCUUCUCAACAAGUUGGGGGGUGUCGACAGCUAGGUGUUUGUUGCCCGCCUGCUACACAGUUCUUGCUGAAACCAACAGGCAAGCUCUUGCCCUGCAGGCUUGCCUGUUAGUAAACUUGUCAUAGGUUUCCAGGGGUUGUUGUGCACUCAUGUCGGGGGCUGUCAAUCAAUCCGCAAGCCGCGAACGGGUGGACCGCGGAUUGCCAGUGCUGGUGCUGAUGGGUCAUGUCGGCGGUUAAGAACUUGAGGGGGGCUGGUGCCGCUUUUGUGGCUUCACGGCGUGCUAGGGAAGGAAUGCGUGAUCGUUGAGUGCCUCGUAAGGUAUGGCUCGCAUGCUCCCCGAUGCUGAGGUGCAGUACACGCAUUUGCAGUGAUGGUAUGUGAUACCGAUCGACUUUUUGACUGGCGUUUUGCAUGUUGCAUCUACCGUGAUGGGGGUUAAAGCACCCGUGGUUUGAAGCACACACAUGCAUGCGCCGUGCCCUGUGCUCCUCGCGUGCCGCGUGACUGCACAACUCGUUUGGGACCUAUGCACACCAAGCAACUUGAAUUCAGGCAAGCUCGGCUCAACGCAAAUAAGCAUAUGCCAAGGCGUCAUAGCCAGCAAUAUGUCAGAGCGCAUAUGUGCAUGCUAAAGUGGAGGCCGUGUGUUCGCAGUCUCCUGAGGGGGGGGGGUGCGAGGGGGGGGGGGGGGAGUGGACGGCAGUGGGCUGGCUGAGCGCCUGUGUGCAGUCCCUGCGCUAUCCGCCCGAGCGACAUCUGUGAUUAUGAUGUAAAUGUGCUUCAUUGCUCUGUACGUGUGUAAUGUAGUUGGUGAGUGAGUGGAUGCCUGGCGGGCCUCUGAGCUUGAGGAGCACCGACAGGCUGCAGCUGAAUGGCUCUGUACGGGCAUGUGCACUGCGGGGGUGGUAGGAGCGGUGCGUGCCAUGGCCAUUAGCGGGCCACAAGAAAUGCAUGCUGAGUGCUUCAAGUACGCUGUGCGGAAGGACGAGGGCAAAGCACCAACUUACUUGAUGGCACCUUGUCCAACUCUUCAACCGCACACAUGAUGGGGAUUGCCCACAAUCUUUGAUGACUAGCACCCUCACCCCGGUCUUCAAUGAAGGGGACGCGAGCGUGCCAGCUGAUUGUACUGCAAAUUUCUUUUGUGAAGGCUUGUGACUCAGUCGAGCAUGACACAUUGUGGGCCUUCCUACAAAUUGACGGUCAUGGAGAGCGCGUAAUGGCAGCGCAUAAUGCAUCGUGGUAGGAGGUUUAUAUGCGAGUGAAAGCUGCGCAUGCCUUUCAGUGUGGCACGGGAUGCCAAGCAAGGCUGCCCGCUGAGCGUCACACUCUUGACAUGUUGGUAGUUUACAGUGGGAGGUGCCCGAUCACAGCCCUACUGUUGACGGUAAAACUGUGAAUAAUAUGCUAUUUGUGGAGGACGCAACCCUACUGGCGUGCACAAGAACGCGCGCACUGACGCUGCUCACGCAUCUGCCGUUGCGAGGCCACGGACAUGCAAGUAAAUCCUAUCCAACGGCAAGUGCGAAUGUUGGAAAUUAGCACAAAUCUGAGGGCAGAAUGGGCGCACGGUGGCUUUAUAAGUUGCGGGGCGUGGCGUGAAGUCCCAGCACUCAAGGGGACGGCGAGGUACUUGGGCCGCUAUGACAGUGCGGGACGGAAGUUUGCAAUGCGUAAUACAAUGCCGUUCAUGCGGCGGGUAAGACUGGGUGCCAAAACCCCAAACAUUACGUGUGUCUACCGCGAGCUGGCACUACAACCACUGCAGGUGCACUGGGCCACGCUGGUUGUCAGGUUCUGGAAAGGGCUCGUUAGCAACUAGCAGGCGUUACAUCACCGCGUGUUUCGUGCUGUUUGGCCCCAGCGUUGGAGGGUGAAGAGCGCUGGACGAAGCACUUCCUCCAGUUUCUGCAUACAGCAUGGGUCUGCUUGCGCCAAGUGGCAUGCCCACACGUGAAGCAGCCAGGUUGCUGUGCUAGGCUGAAGGUGCUGGAAAGCAGUACAUCAUAGAAAUGCCGGUACUGUUUGGAAGCGAUGUGGGAGACUGUCGCAGAAUCUGACGCACGCACAGAUGAAGGCAGGGGCGUGAAACCGGUCCGAUACUAUGGAAACCCCUGGAUACUAUCACUUGGGGCAAGGGAUGGCCAGCACAUAGAAGUGCUUUCAUACCGGAGUGCCGUGGCUAGUCGCGGUGGUGGGAGCAGCACGUGGACGUCAAGCUAGUGAUUCAAAGCCGUGGACGGAUCGAAUGCUGCGGAGGUCCCCUUCGCGGUACGGAAUGCAGAAUACCGCAGCGCUGAAAUAGCACAUAGGGACGUCAGUGUCCCGUGCAGGAGUCCGGCUUGCAAGGAUACCUCCCAUGCUUCAUGGGACACUGUGGGACACUCAGACACGCGGCAUGGCGCGAGCCGUGUGCAGGGCUCCUAUCUUAAUGUCUCCAGACAUUA